CCUGUACUGUAUGACUCACCUGACAAACAGUGUAAUGAACUGAACUGAGACAAACCAGGAAACCGGUUUUUAUUGUGCCUCUCUGAGACGACGCACACACACACACACAGGGAGAGACCGACGAUAAGAUUCACUUUCAGACCAUAACCACCACAUCCAUUGAGAGAGGACAUCUACAGGAGGGAUUACUGGGAAUACUGGAAAACCAGCUGCUGAAUCCACAAACCGAAUGAGAGUUUUACAGGGAAUUAUAACUUUCAGGAAACGGAGUGACUGAGCUGUCGGCCUGCUGUGUUUCCUGCUUCACUCAGAGACAAAAUGGCUUCCAGAUUAGAGAAAGAUCUCAGCUGUCCGAUCUGCCAUGAAGUCUUUAAAGAUCCUGUUGUUCUGUCAUGUACCCACAACUUCUGUAAAGACUGUCUGCAGGGCUGGUGGAGAGAGAAAGAAGCACGUGAGUGUCCAGUUUGUAAUGCAAUAUCUUCAAAGUCAAAACCACCUUUAAACCGGUUGUUAAAGAACCUGUGUGAGAGUUUCUUAGAGGAGAGAGAUCCGAGAGCUUCAGAGGCUCGCUGCAGUCUGCACUCUGAGAAACUCAAACUCUUCUGUCUGGACCAUGAGCAGCCAGUGUGUGUCGUCUGCAGAGAUUCAGAAACACACUCCAACCACAGAUUCAGACCCAUCGGUGAAGCUGCAAAACAAUGCAAGAAGGAACUUCAGGAAACUCUGGAGCCCGUAAAGAGAAGGCUACAGAGUUUUGAACAAGUUAAAGUGAAGUUUGAUCAAACUGCAAAACACAUAAAUGUCCAGGCCCGACGCACAGAGAUGCAGAUUAAGCAUCAGUUUAAGAAGCUUCACCAGUUUCUAGAAAAGGAAGAGGAGGCCAGGGUGGCUGCACUGAGGGAGGAAGAGAAGCAGAAGAGUCAGAGGAUGAAGGAGAAGAUGGAGGCUCUGAACAGAGAGAUAGCAGCUCUUUCAGACACAGUCAGAGACACAGAGGAGCAGCUGAGAGCUGAAGACGUCUCAUUCCUGAUCAACUACAAGACUGCAGUGGAAAGAGUCCAGCAGCGCCCCCUACUGGAUGAUCCACAGCUGCUCCCAGGAGCUCUGAUAGAUGAGGCCAAACACCUGGGCAACCUGAGCUUCAACAUCUGGAACAAAAUGAAGGACAUGGUCUCCUACUCCCCUCUGGUUCUGGACCCAAACACUGCUGGUAAAUAUCUCAUCCUGUCUGAAGAUCUGACCAGUGUUAAACUUGGAGAGAAACAGCAGCUUCCUGAUAACCCAGAGAGGAUUGAUAAUCACUUCUCAGUCCUGGGCUCUGAGGGCUUUCACUCAGGGACCCACAGCUGGGAUGUCGAGGUGGGAGACAGUGAACGCUGGGACCUGGGUGUGUUAGCAGAGUCUGUCCAGAGGAAUAGCGUCAUAGUGUCUGGAUUAUGGACAAUAAAGUUAUGUGAAACUAAAUACUCAGCUGCCUCCACAUCACAUCCACCCACUGAUCUCAUAUUGCAGACGAAGCCCCAGAGGAUCCGAGUGACUCUGGACUGUAACAGAGGAAAGCUGUCGUUCUCUGAUCCUGAUACGAACAUGCACAUACACACCUUCACACACACUUUCACUAAAGGGAUGUUUCCAUAUAUAAGCACUGUAAAUGUUCUCCCAAUGAAGGUUGUACCAGCGAAGGUCUCUGUGACUAUAGAACAAAAGAAACAGAUAGUGCUCAUGGUGAUGAUGGUUAUGGUGGUGACGGUGAUGGCGAUGACGAUGCUGCUGAUUCUCUUUGGGUAACAUGUCACCAUGUUGUCCUGAUGUUGCUGGUAAAAAAAUAAUAUAUAUUCAUCUGGAUAUGGUAGGACACAGAUUAUCUGCAAACUAUCUCUAGGCAACUAAAAUGUUUCAGUUAACUUUGCUGAAGUGAAAACACACAGUUAGAGGGUCAAAGUGUGAGAUGAAAAACACGGACAACAGCCAAGAACAAGUUGAGGUCUAUUUUAAUGUCCACGGUGUUAGCAUGGUUACCAUCGCUAAGCCUCUGUCCUUAUUGGUCCUAUAGCUUCCCCUGCGUUAUCUAUUUAUCAUCUGCUUUAGAAGAUGGGACCAUCAUUUACUAAAGGAACAUCAUGCUGUGUUGAAGAUGACUGGAAACUAGUGAUUGAGACCAUAAACUCAUUAUGAAAAGGUUUACUGAAGUAAUAAAUCAAGAGAGAAGUAGAGAAGCUCAUUUUCUCAUAGACUGCAGAAACAGACUUCUUUUUGGAGCCGGUGGAGUCUCCCCCUGCUGGAAGUUAGAGAGAAUGCAGCUUUAAGGAGCUUCAGCAAUGGCUUCACUUUUCAGACCCGGAAGCUUUGUUCAUUAUUUUAACAUUCUAACAUCUAUUAGUCAAAGAUGUUAAAACAACAGAUACAUUUAUAUGUUAACAAUUAUUUAAAUUAUUAUAAACUAACAAAAAUCAGAGGAAAGUUUUCGUUCAUAUCAAAAUCAAUUCUUGUUAACAUUUAUUGAGUUUAUAAAAUACAAAUAUAUUCAGUUAUACUUAAAUUCCUUUAAAUGGUUUUAAAUUGAACUUGGAGCAGAAACCAGGUUUACGGCUGUGUUUACACAACUUAUUGACGUAACAUCAUCAGAAUGAAUCACUCGUGUUUCUGUAUUACUUAUUAAGACUUGUCAAUGAGCUUGUGAUUGUGGUGGUGGGAGGGGCUACCCUUUGGUUUAACAUUAGAUCAUUGAUUAUAUUUUUGAAGUUAAGUUUGUGUGUGUGUGUGGGGGGGGGGGGGGGGGCUGGAGAGCAUCCUCCUUGCUAAUUGAAAAAAAGACACCCAUCUGUAUGUUGACUGUGUGAAGUUUGAUGAAUCAGACGAAUACAGUAAGUUCAUUUUUGUUGUGCUUUUAUUUUGGUAACCCUGAGAUCUCUCUCUCUCUGAGGGAGUGUUUUCAUGGAGUGAACACUAAUGCUGCGUUCCAGACACAAUUUUUAGUCCGUAAGUUACAACUUCAAGUCACGACUCACGACUUGGUAGCAUAAACACAACCUAUUUCUCUUUUCUAUUUCUCACCGUUAAUCACCGGUGCCUUUACAGCAUCAACAUCGCCAUUGUUGUUUAUGUGUGUGUUAUGUCAAAAACUGUAACCGGGAGUACAACCAUCUAGUACGAGUUCACGGGUAGUAAGUUAUGGUCUGACUGCCGUUCCAGGGCACUUUCACGGGUAGAAGGUUGUGAAAACACGGGUUACGGGUUGCCUGUAACGCAGCAUAAAAUUGACCUUGUUUGGCUGAACCAAGUAGUCAGAAAAAGAGAGGGGGGAGUGGGUAGAGUUAGAUUUAAAGGUUGGCUUUUGUGUGGUGAUUCUUCAGUUUAUUUAGUCUGUAUGGUGUUAUAGUCAUUUGUAUUCUGUAUAUGAGAAAUAUUGGUGAGGUUAAAUUGUCAGUAUAUAUUUUAAAGUUAUUGUGUUAUUGUUUCAGUGCUCCUCGCUAUAUAAUAGUGUUGGUGGAGAGCGUAAGUAUGUAUGCUUCUGCUGUCCAUCAGCCUUAUACAUGUUUGGGGAGAGUUUUGGAACUUUGUGCAACUUGUUUAUGGUCACGAAUAAAAAUCAGAGCUCUGGGGAAAAAGA